UGAUUGCCAGCCGAGGGGAGGGUGGCCGGGUGGAGGAGCCAGGCGCCCUGGGGUUGCCUAGCGUUCAGAGUUAGUUGUAGACUUUGCAGGGGGCGCCGCGGGCGGUUUCGGGAGUCUCCCAUGCGGGGGUGUGCACCUCGGUGUCCGGGUGCGCUUCGGGGAAGUUGUGUCCCGUUUGGUGCGGCGCCUGCCGCCGUGGGAGGAGGGGCGCGCGGGUCGGAGAGGGGAGGACAGCGGGCGGCGAGCGCGAGAGCCGGGCCGAGCGGCGCUGAGUUACAAACUCUAUUGUGACGCACUUACUACGACUGACGGCCGCUGCCAAACCUUCCCCAGACUUGCUGCCCUCAGCACUUUAGGCAGAACAAUGGGGCCGGAGCGGGGAACGCGGCCAGCCGCCUGCGAUCGCUGCGUCUGCGCCCGCUGGGCGCAGGAUCUGAUCCCGGGGAAUCAGAGCCCGCUGGGGGUUUCUGAGUUAUUCAAGUUUCUCCUGACUGAGCAAAGAGCACAUGAGAAUAGAUUUCAAACAAGCUGCUUUUCUUAGAACGUAUGUGUAUGUGUGCGCCUGUGUGUGCGCGCGUGGGCGCCUAAGAGCACCAGUUACACACAUUGUUACUGUUUUGUUUGGUGGUGGGAAGUUUAGCCCCACGCCCCAAUAAAUACAAUACUUUCGUUAUUUUUGAUGUAUUUUUAGUUUUCAAUUCAGAGAUUGUCAGAAAUGUAUGAAAUGAUGAUUUGGUGGUAAAGUAUGUGGGAUUAACUCUCAGAAUUUUUAUGAAUAGGUGAACAUUACCUAUUGACUGUAAUUAUUAUUUUGCUUAAGAUAAUCUUGGGCUUUUUUGUUUUUUUGUUUUUUACACUACAGAAAAAAAGACCAAAUGGCAAAGCAACCUUCCGAUGUAAGUUCUGAGUGUGACAGAGAAGGUGGACAAUUGCAGCCUGCAGAGAGGCCCCGGCAGCCUCCCCAGCUCAGGCCUGGGGCCCCUACCUCUCUGCUUACAGAGCCUCAAGGUAAUUCCGGAAGUGAAGGGGACCGCUGCCCCCAGGGUAGCCCACAGGGCCCGCUGGCCCCACCAGCCAGCCCCGGUCCUUUUGCUACCAGAUCCCCGCUUUUCAUCUUUGUGAGAAGAUCCUCUCUGCUGUCUCGAUCCUCCAGCGGGUAUUUCUCUUUUGACACAGACAGGAGCCCAGCACCCAUGAGUUGUGACAAAUCAACACAAACCCCAAGUCCUCCUUGCCAGGCCUUCAACCAUUACCUCAGUGCAAUGGCUUCCAUGAGGCAGUCUCAGGCCGUACCUGCAGACCUGCGCCCGGAGAUACGGAUUGCACAGGAGUUGCGACGCAUUGGAGACGAGUUUAAUGCUUCUUACCCAAGGAGGGUUUUCUUAAAUAAUUACCAGGCAGCCGGAAACCACCCAGAAGUGGUCAUCUUACGACUGUUACGCUCUCUCGCUCGUCUGGUGUGGAGGAUGCAGUGACGGCCCUUCCUGCAGCAGAGUUGUGCGCAGACAUUCCGCGGGUCACAGCAGCAUGUCCGAGCACCAGGGUCUCUGCCGGUCCAUGCAGCCCGCGAUCCUCCGCAGAGGAGGGUGCAGAGGGGCGUGCGACCCCGGUCCUGACGCCGCCUCGCUGCGCGUGGACUUGACCUGCUCCUCAGUGUGUGGCAGCUGGUUGUGAAUGUAAAUGUCGGUGGAUUUUUUUUUUUUUUUAAGUGUACAAAUCGCGGUUUUUUGGAGCAGGACUUUAUGCAGGAAUGGUGUUUACAUGCGGUGUGUUCUUUUCACCUUCUUUAGUAGAACAGGUUUUCAGCAAAAGGAAAUGGAAGCUUUUUGACAAACUCCUGAAGGAUUUUUUACUAAAAUUUGGAGAACGUGUUGCCCACUCUUAGAGGGUUGUGUGAAAUCGUGCAGAGGGGACUGAGCCAGCUGACUUACAGAGCUGCCUUCAUUUGUUUUAGAGAUUACUGUACAGAGUUUUUAAACAGGGAGGGAUGUGAUAGGCCCCCCUUACUUCCCUAGCAUUGCCUCUUCCUAUGACCUUUUUUUAAUUAUUAUUAUUGAUACCAAAAGAGUUCUUAUGAAAUGGAACUGAUGAAGGGCAGAGGGUCUGCAGCCAGCCUGCACUGACGUCCUCUCCCGUGUUGUAAAUACUCACUCACCUCCUUAAAUGCAGCUGCAUCUGUGGCCGAGCUCCACGCUCUUUCGGUGUGUUUUUCCUGGUCUCCUUUUGUGACGCUCCUGUUGUCUUUCUGGGCAGUGAUGCACAGAUGUGGUCCAGUGUAUUUUCCUAAUAAAAGUCAGAACGAGAGGUGGAAUCUGCCUGUAUCACACACAGCCCCAUCUGUCGGUUGUUACCACGAGCCGGGAGGUGCUUGGUGGUGUUCAUUUAGUCUCGAUGGGCGUGUCAGAAGUGUUGUGAGGCGGUAACAGCAGCAGUAAAAGCAGACAGCGUAGUACGUACUACACCCCUUUGUACCGCUGGCCUUCCUGGGAACAGGCCUGUCACAGGGUGAGCCCCACACGACGCCCCCGAGAGUCCACACCCCCGUGUAGCACAGUCCCUGCUGGCGCUGUCCACGCACAGUGGCCAGCUGAGUGGGCACGGCAUGGGUGCGGGUGGGCUCCAGUGGCCAUUUCUGGUGCAGCCCUGGCUGUGGUCCAUUUAGAGCCCACCUGACCUUAGAUGCCUGAUGCUUGGUCCCCACUCCUCUGAAUCCACCUUGAAAUGUAGGCUUAAUUCAGGUUUCACCAGUGCCGUAGACACACUCAAUGGGGCCGAGUCUGAAAUGACCCCUCAGCCCUCUGCCAGAUGUCAUUUUUACUUCCUCCAUUUCUCUUGUGACAGUUGGAUGCUGCCGGCCCCCUGUGUGUCCACGGCUGCAGCUGGUCCCCUCUGGCCAGGCCCCUCCCUGCCCCAGCAGGGAGCGGGAGGCCCCCCUCCCAGUCAGCCAUCACAGAGGCGUUCAGACAGCGAGGGGGACCCAAGAAACAGACGAGGGAGCAGUGAAGGAGCCGGGGGAGAUCCUUCUGUGAACCCUAUAACUUACACAAUUUUCGAAAACUCAGAUUAUUGAACGGCUUUUUAAAAGAAGUAUGUGAAUUUUCAAAUGAGUCCGCAGUGCCAACAACUGUUGUGUUUGCUUUUGCCCCACAUUGGACCAGUGUUUUCAUGAUUAAAUUGAGUGGGAAAUCCAGUCAUUUGUAUCUUUAUAAUUUUAUACAUAUUGCAUACUCACUCUUUCCUUUAGGUAGCGAUAGUUUGAUUGCAAAUAUUCCCGCCAUCUUCCCCCCGCCCCAGCCCACCCCAGAGGUCUCCUUGGGGUUUUGAAUAUUUUUUAAGCUGUGUUGGAUCUUUGCUUGUGUUCUUGAUGUGUUUUGAACUCCUUCGUAGGGUCACAAAGUCCGCGGUUCCUAGGAGGUGUUAGAAAUGCAGCCGUGGACCUGCUGGACACACACACCAAAGAUGUAUUUGGUUCUGGGCCAUCCCCUCCCAGGAUCCCCAUAGUCACGUGCCAGUCUUCCCGGCUGGAGCACUUUAGUCUGUUUAUUCAGCCCCGCGGCUCCGGGGAGCAAUGCAGCGCAUCCCAGGACGGACACGGGGUUCUGCUGCCCUGUGCCCGAGGGCCGUGACACCUCUUUGUCAUGGCAGCCUCUGGGCUGGCCCAUGGGAGCAGCUCGUGAGGAAUAAGAGGUUCUAUGAAUUGUAGAAGUGUUCAAGGACAGGAUGUUAGCCAGGAUGUGAGAGACGGUGAGAUGUCUCUGUACUGUAUGUAUCUGUUCAUCAAGAUGCCUCCCUGCAGAAAGUGUACCUACUACCGUGGGUAUGCCUUUUCCUUUUUUUUUUUCUUUAACUUGGUAGAAAAAAAUCAGUAGACCCCUUUUUUGAAAAGUUAACGUGGCUUUCGUGCCUUGACAACCUCUACCCACGUGAGGUUUGUAGAAAGUGUCCUGUGGCUUCACGAUGAAAUGCAAUAAAAACAGAGCGACUUCAUAGACGAGUCUUCCAAUGACCCAUCCUCCUUCCUAACCCGCGGAGAUGAUUUCAUGAAGAAUUUCUUUGGUUGUGGAGAAGCUAGUUUAAAAUUCCUUCUGAUCAGAACAAAUGUAUACAGUAGAAUACGUUUUUCUCCUGUUUCCCCUUCUUAAUAUUGUAUAUAUUUGACUAUUUAUUAGAUUAGGAGAUCAUAUUUUACUUAUCAACUGAGCCAAAUGUCUGUGCAAUUGUGUUUUCUUUACCUUUCUUGUAAAAUUUUGUACAGCUAAGUAAAAAUCACUGUUUUUCUAAACUUUUUCAGAAUUGAGGUUGUAAAUAUUGUAGAUUCCCUUUCUGUGUAACAGUGUGCCCUACUGUUUCAUAAUGCUGUAACUUGUAGAAGUAUUGUAUAUUUAUUUUCUGCUUAUUUAAAGUCUGAAGUUCUGAAAAGUGUUGACUUCCCUGC